AUGGCGGAAUUUUACUUGAGUGCCGCUCGGAUUAUUGAAAAGGUUUUACAGAAAAAGGGAACCCCAAAGGCGCUGGUGAUUGAAAAUAGUAGGAUAAGAAACAAGAAGAAACUAUAUGCUUUAGUUUGCGAGGCAAUGAAAUGUAAGAACUGUACCGAAAGCGAAUUUUAUUGCAUUUUAUUGUAGAGUUCAGAAACGAAGGAGUGAGGACCGUUUCAUUUCUCAAUAAUUUGAACGGAAGAAUUGCUUUAUUUUGCACGUUUUCACAAACUAGAGGGAUAAAAUAGCUUACCCAUUUGUUAAAUUUAAAGCGUGAAUGUAGAAAUAACCUCAGUUUGUAAUUGGGUAAUCUUGUUAUUCGAUUGUUUAAUAUUGUGAGGCUAUUCAAAGGGUUCAUUAUUGUAUCUAGAUAAAUCUGUAACAGAUAAAUUAUUGGAGGACACAAAAUUAUUAUCAACGGAAAAACAGGUAAAUAUAUCGACACAAAUUAUGAAAUUACCGCAAACCAUAUAAGAUGAAAAUCCAAUGUAUUCUUUACGCAGUUAAAAUACCCCAUGGCAUUGGUUCUCGUCUUCGAUUUCUUGUUUGGACUUGGCCUUCAAGUUGGCGGUCAGCUAAAACAGGUUAUAAACAGGAAUAAAACCAGUUUAAAAGCUGCGCUCGCUAGACUGAAAGUGAGGGCGAAAGUCGUCAACAAUGAAGAUCUACUGCCGCCAAAUAUCCAGGAACAACAAGGUGGGUUUUGCAGGAAGAGAGCUCGGAAUUCAGGUCGUAUAGGACACUAAUUAUAGGAGAAAGAAGAUCAAUUGAAAGUAUAUCUCUCAAUUCCAUUUAUUUGCCACUACAUGCAAGGCUACUACAUAUAGUGACAAAAAAUGAACAUUAUUUUCUCUCUCUGACAACUGCCAGUUAACCACCAUCCGCUGCACGACAGUCGACAAUGUUUAGUGAAACCUUUCUAAUCUGGUAACACAUGUUUAUUCCAUUGCCAUCCAAUUCAAUUACAAAUAUAAUUAAAAUGCUUGGUUACCUUUUCUCAAUUAUAUGCUUACAUUAGACAGAUUUAGAUCGCGGACGUCAAAGACGACGUGAAAAUGGCGUGGCGUAUCCAUCCAUGGGCACAAGCCAUUUUCACGUCGUCUUUGACGUCCGCGUCCUCGAUCUAAAUCUGUCUAGUAUCAGAACAUGCGAGUUUUUCGAAAAUAUGAACUAGGUGGUGACAAACAUGAACAUCCUGAUGACAUUUUAAAUUGUAUUCGUGUCCAUUUAUAUUUGUUUUGGAACAGAAAUGCAGAUACCGCGUUAUGUUCGAGUGAAUACAGUGAGAACUUCAACAGAUGAAGUCAUGACGUGGUUUUCUGAAAAUGGUUUUAAGUUACAGCGAAGGAAACGCGACAUAGUUGAUUCGAUUCAGGUAUGCGUCGGUGUAUGAUAAGCAAGAAUGUUGUCACUUAUGCGUGAAUAUUUUUUCUUAGAUUUAACAUGCAUUGAAGUCAGUUUUUGUUGCAAGCAAUUUUGUUGCUCGUAUUAUUUAUUGUGUAAUUGUAUUUGUCGUAUAAAAUUCCAGAUGGCAAGUGGGACAUUUUCUGUUGACGAACAUAUUCCAAAUGUUUUGGUCUUCCCACCAGGAACAGAUCUGCAUGACAAUAUUCUGUAUAAAGAAGGCAAGAUCAUUCUACAGGACAAAGUAAGAACACAAGGAUUGAAGAUCUAUUGCACGCGUCUGUUACUCAGGCGACAAUUCCUGCAGUUAUCUGUGGGAAGAAUGCUUCCAGUUUGACUCUGCCAAGCACCACAGAUUCUCUCUAAGUACUGCGGUUCCCCACAGAUUCUCUCUAAGUACUGCGGUUCCCUCCUGUAGUAACACUAGACCAAUAAAGGAAGACUCUUAUUUGGCAUCUAUACAGAAGAGCAGUUUAAAAAUGAUAGAGCUAUCCUUUAUAACACUGGACCAAUAACGGGAAACCCUUUCUAAGCAUCUAAGAAGAACAGUCUGGAACCGUACAUAGAGUAAUCCAAUAAAUAACAUUAGUUGAUAACACUGGACCAAUAAGAUUGCCUUUCCUGUCAUCUAGGCAAGUUGCUUUCCAGCUUUUGUGCUCAACCCACCAGCCGGAAGUGACGUAAUGGACGCAUGCGCCGCGCCUGGCAAUAAAACAAGUCACCUAGCCGCAAUCAUGGACAACAAAGGGUCAGUGAUCAUAUGUCAUGCACUGUUAUAUCUUUGUUCAAAGGUGUUUUAUCAUUUUCAUAUUCUUGUACAGGCAAAUCUUCGCGUUUGAUAUAUCCGAGAAAAGAAUUUCAACAAUGAAGAAAUUACUUCACCGAGCUGGUGAAAAAAUUGUCGAGACAAAACAUCACGAUUUUUUAAAGGUUUGAUUGUGCAAAUUAGCGUGUCGAGUUUUUUCAGAGACUGUCGUAAGUUUCAAUCAUACAAUCUCCGUCUUCUAGACAGACCCUAGUGAUCCUGUGUACACAAAUGUCCAAUAUAUCCUAGUGGACCCCUCAUGUUCUGGUUCGGGUAUGAUCAACCGACUGGAUUACGUCACUUCCGAUAUCGACAAUAUGGUAUUGCUCGUUUUUGAUGUUGGUUGGUUUGCAUGUGUGUGGUAAUUAUUUAUGAUUAGGUCCUAUUGCAAAACUAGGUGAAUUUUUGUCUAUAUUUUCAGGAUGCGAAAGAAAAGCAAAGGGUGUAUUCAUUGGCGCGGUUUCAAGUGAAAGUCUUGAGUCAUGCUCUGAGUUUUCCCAAUGUAAAGAAAGUUGUCUAUUCAACAUGCUCACUACAUAGUAUUGUACGUAUACUAUACUUUGUGAACGUUCCACAAAACUCGAUGAUUCCCAUAUGGGGAUUUAUUAUUUCUCAAUACUAAUGUAUGAUGAUUUAUUAAUUUAGGAAAACGAGGUGGUGGUCAUGAAAUGUUUGGAAAAAUUCCAUGAAAAGUUUGAAUUAAAGAAGGCAUUACCUGACUGGCCACACAGAGGACAUGCUGUGUUUCCUGAAGGUAUUUAAAUCCUGGGCUAAACUAGAAAUCAUUGUGACAUAGUGAAUCAUUUUCAAUUUAUUUUCAGCAUCGAAUUGUGUGCGUGCCUCUCCAAAAGAAGGUUCUACGAGUGGGUUUUUUCUGGCGCUGUUUGAAGCACGAAAUUCAACAGGAACAGUUGAGGUUGCGAACCACAAAGGAAACGGAAUACAGAGAGACAUUAAUCAUAAUGAAAUGAUAUCAAGAUUACGAAAGAAACAAGACGUUUCUAGUGUAAAUACUAAAGAAUCACACGCAGAAGAAAGGGGUGAUCGUAUUACUACGAACACUGAAAUAGACUCCACGAAACGAAAACGUCAAUGCACCACGGAUACUGGUGAGAAAGUGCAAGGAAUAGCACAAAAGAAACGAAUUAAAUUGACAAGAACACAUAGGAAAUGUUCCAACAAAGAAUUCGAAAACAGAAAAAAGUUACUUGCAAAAAGAAAACUUAAAAAAGAAAGGUUACAGAAACGGAGAUUAGAGCAGUAG